CUCCCUCUUAAAAAGCGGCGGGGGAGGCCACAGUCGGUCUCACUCGCCUCUGCCAAGCUGCGCUGCGUGUGCUCUUACUGCUGCGCUGCCCCGUUCUCCGCCGAUCGCCAUGGAAGAGGAAAUUGCUGCGCUCGUCAUUGACAAUGGCUCCGGUAUGUGCAAAGCUGGCUUUGCGGGCGACGACGCUCCCAGGGCCGUGUUCCCCUCCAUUGUCGGGCGUCCCCGGCACCAGGGCGUGAUGGUGGGCAUGGGCCAGAAGGACUCCUAUGUGGGUGACGAGGCCCAGAGCAAGCGUGGCAUCCUGACUCUGAAGUACCCCAUCGAGCAUGGCAUCGUCACCAACUGGGAUGACAUGGAGAAGAUCUGGCACCACACCUUCUACAACGAGCUGCGCGUGGCCCCCGAGGAGCACCCCGUGCUGCUGACUGAGGCCCCCCUGAACCCCAAGGCCAACAGAGAGAAGAUGACGCAGAUUAUGUUUGAGACUUUCAACACCCCAGCCAUGUACGUGGCCAUCCAGGCCGUGCUGUCUCUGUACGCCUCUGGGCGCACCACUGGCAUCGUCAUGGACUCUGGCGACGGGGUCACACACACGGUGCCCAUCUAUGAGGGCUAUGCCCUCCCCCAUGCCAUCUUGCGUCUGGACCUGGCUGGCCGGGACCUGACAGACUACCUCAUGAAGAUCCUGACUGAGCGCGGCUACAGCUUCACCACCACUGCUGAGCGGGAGAUCGUGCGCGACAUCAAGGAGAAGUUGUGCUAUGUCGCCCUGGACUUCGAGCAGGAGAUGGCCACUGCUGCGUCAUCUUCGUCCUUGGAGAAGAGCUAUGAGCUGCCUGACGGGCAGGUGAUCACCAUCGGCAAUGAGCGGUUCCGGUGUCCAGAGGCGCUCUUCCAGCCCUCUUUCCUGGGUAUGGAAUCCUGUGGCAUUCAUGAGACCACCUUCAACUCCAUCAUGAAGUGUGACGUGGACAUCCGCAAGGACCUGUACGCCAACACAGUGCUGUCUGGAGGCACCACCAUGUACCCAGGCAUUGCCGACAGGAUGCAGAAGGAGAUCACCGCCCUGGCCCCCAGCACAAUGAAGAUCAAGAUCAUCGCUCCCCCUGAGCGCAAGUACUCUGUGUGGAUUGGCGGCUCCAUCCUGGCUUCCUUGUCCACCUUCCAGCAGAUGUGGAUCAGCAAGCAGGAGUACGAUGAGUCAGGCCCCUCCAUCGUCCACCGCAAAUGCUUCUAGAUGGACUGAGCAGGUGCUAGGCACCUGCUGCAUGAGCUGAUUCUGAAGUAUCAAUUUGCCCUGGCAAAUGUAUACACCUCAUGCUAGCCUCACGACUGGAAUAAGCCUUUGAAAAGAAAUUUGUCCUUGAAGCUUGUAUCUGAUAUCAGCACUGGAUCGUAGAACUUGUUGCUGAUUUUGACCUUGUACUCAAGUUACUGUUCCCUUGGUAUAUGUUUAAUACCCUGUGCAUAUCUUUGAUUUCAGCCCUUAGUCCAUGUGGCUCGGUCACUUGGUGGCUGAGGCAAAAGCAGGCUAUGGAGGAGAAAUCCCCAGUCUGGAUCUGCGUGAGCACGGUGCAGUGAUCUGGGCAGGGUAUUAUUAACGCGUCAGAGCUGACUGUUCGAGGAUUUCUAAGGCUGGCAAGAGUUCCCUGUCUUGCCAGUCUCAAAAGGGUGGGAAAGUCCGAGCCUUAGGACCCGAUUUCCGUUCUUAAUGGUGUUUUUCCCUCCUGAACGCCAUGGGUUGUUAUUGCCUUGAGUUGGAAACGGUUUGCAUUUACACCUGUAAAUUUAUUCAUCCUUUUAAUUUAUGUAAGGUUUUUUUGUACUCAAUUCUUUUACGAGAUGACAACAAAUUUUGGUUUUCUACUGUUACAUGAGAACAUGAGGCCCCAGCCACACGUCAUUGUGUAAGGAGAAUAAAGUGCUGCAGUA